UAUAUUUUUCCCCACCCAGCAGCCAGCACUGUCCAAAUUCCAAGCUCCCUCCUCUUCAGGAGAAUCUCAUUCUCUAUAAGAAAAAGGAGAUUGAGUUAUUGGCUGAUUAUCCUAUAUAUCAACUCUAAAAAUAUGCUUCAACUACAUCUUCCCCACCUUUCCAGACCCUGCUCAAUCACCCAUCCAAGAUUCAACCAUGCCAGAAAUGAUCUUCAUCAUUGCAAAACAUCACCCGCCAUCAAACCCGUCCUCACCCGGGCCAGAACCCACAAUCUGAGCCACAUUGCAAGGUGCACAACUCACAAUGCUCUGUCAUUUCCUACCACUGAUGCUAAAUCCGAUGAUGAUAACCUCACCGAGCAUCAGAAAUCUCACGAGGUUCAAGAGCAUCAGAAAUCUGAGGAGCUUCAAGAGGGUUCUCGUAAAAAGAACUUCUGGGGUGCCGUCAGUUUGAUCAUUGGCACUGCCGUCGGGCCUGGAAUGCUCGCCUUGCCCGCUGCCACCAUUACUUCAGGUCCAUUUCCGUCCACCAUUGUCAUCCUCCUCUCAUGGGUUUACGUCAUAUCCUCAAUCAUUCUUGUUGCUGAGCUCAGCUUUGCCGCCAUGGAAGAAGAUGGGGUGGAAGAGGUGAGCUUUACUGGUCUUGCAACAAAGGCUUUAGGAAGUCGUUUCGGUGCUUUUGUUGCCCUCGUCUACAUAUCCUUGAGUUUCUCAUUGUUAGUCGCAUGUGUUUCCGGCAUCGGUUCGCUUGUCUCUCAGUGGUUACCAUGGAUGAAUCUUGUGAUGGCUCAUGCCUUGUUUCCUCUGAUUGUUGGAACCGUGGUUCUUUUCUUUCCUUUUAAGGCAAUUGAUGCAGCGAAUCGUUUUUUAUGCCUCAUCAUGCUCUUCUCUAUUACUGCACUUGUGGCUGUUGGUUUAUCUGUGGCUAGAACAAAUAUAUUAAAUUCCUUUGCUUAUGCCUCGUGGGGCUUUUCAUCCAUUUUGCCUGCAAUACCUGUUACUGUACUCACAUUGGGGUUUCAUGUUAUCACCCCUUUCAUAUGUAAGAUUGCUGGGAACACCGUGCAUGAUGCUCGCAAGGCAAUACUGGUUGGUGGGGCUGUUCCGUUGCUCAUGGUUUUGUCAUGGAAUUUGAUUGUUUUGGGACUUGCAGGCCCCAACAUGGCCGCUUCCAUAAAGGACCCUAUAUCCCUUUUGCUCUCCGUCAACCCUUCUGCUUCAUCUCCAAUUCAAGGCUUUGCCUUCUCUGCCUUGGCAACUAGCGUGAUUGGGUAUGCUGUAAGCUUCCCAAAACAGCUUCUUGAUACCUUCCAGUUGCUUUUUGGGAAAUUGGCUUUUCAUUCAGAAAUGGGUUCUAAUGUGGAUGAAAAUGGGAGAGUUGGCUCUGUUGUUUACUCGGGAAAGCCAGGGAAAGUUUCUUAUAUAGAAUCGAGGAGCGGUGCUGCCUCAGACGCUAAAUUGAAAUCAAGCGUCGACGCUUCUGAUUCAUUCAAGAUCUUUGUAGUGGUGGUUGUACUCGUUGCUUCAGUUCUCAUAGCAUCUUUCUUCCGCUCCACUUUUUCAAAAGCUCUCGAUUUUGCUGGGCUUUAUGCAAACUGCUUUCUGUUUGGCAUCAUUCCUCCUGCAAUGGCUUACAUAUAUCAAUCUAGAAAAAAGCUCAGAUCAUCUGUCCUGCCGGGGGGAGAUGGUGCACUUCUUUUACUCUUCUGCAUUGCUGUCAUCUUGGGGAUUUGGCAUUAGAAGACUAGCGGCUAGAAUUUAACAGCCGUGUAUUCCUCAUGUCUUUCUUUUCAGGGAAGAGUAUGGACUAUUACUUUUUCAAUUCAUUAAGAAUGAGGAAUUCAAUUUAAAGUCCUUCAAAUUCAUGGUAAAUAAUG